CGUCGCCACGAAAACCGGAUGUGUCGUAAAGUGAGGACGCUGAGGCUUUGAACCGUUUUGAGCGGCCAAAUCUGUGCUCAAAGACACCAUGAGCAGACACGAGGACUCGUGGGAUAGGCUGGACACUGAGUUUGACCAUUUCCUGCUGGACAUGAAGCCAUAUGUCCUGAAACACCCCAACAAGACAGAGCGCCAGCGGUGUGCAGUAUGGAUAAAGAAGCUGUGUGACCCGGCUGCGUGUGGUUCAGGUGUGAUGGGUCGUAAGAACCGCAACAUGCACGCCCGUUUGCUCCUUUACAUGCUCAAAAGAGGGGUCCUAGAGAGGCCUUUCACCGGCAAACCAGAGCCAGGCAGCCUCAAGACACUCCCUACCUACAUGUCAAUCUACUUCGAUGAACCGCUGAGUGGUCGAUCUAUGGAGCACAGCCAUGCGGGUCUGCCUGACUGGGUGACAGGAGAGCUGGGUGGCUACACUGAUGACGGUCUGCUUAAGGACAUAGCCCGUUCCACACCUGUCACAGCUCACCACAGCAGGAGAACACUGUUUGAGGAAAAGUCUCCAUCGCGACCGGCGUCCUCCAGUCCGCUCAAACAGUCGCCCAAACAUGACGCCAGGAUGGUGGAUGUGGGGCUGAAGGCGGAUAUGUCUCCCGGUGACAGUGACCUGGAGGCUCGUCUCAACAGCUGGAACCUGGGGAUUGAAAACCCCAGGUAUUUGCGAGAGAACCCCGAUCCCUUCUCUGCGACUUUCAAGCCGAGUUUCGGGAGGAACAGCACCCUAUUGGAUGAUCAGGGCCCACAGCUUUCACACAGCAAGGAGGUGUACACCUCAACUGAGAUGAAGAUCAAAGUCCUGGAGUCCAAGCACCAGGAGGAGAAGUUGAAGAUGCAACAGAGACACGAUGCAGAUGUUGAGAAAAUUCUGGACCGAAAGAAUGGUGAGGUUGAGGAGACGAAGAGCAUUUAUCGGGCCAAGCAGAAGGAAUCGGAGGAGAUGAUCCGUAAGCUGGAGAGGAGAGUUCAAAGUGUGCUGCGGGAGUCCCAGGUCAUCUGCGAGAGCAAAGAGAAGCAGAUCGCUGAGCUGAAGAAUAUGUCGGAUCAGAGCGCCGGCUCCCUGAAAAACGAGUGGGAGAAGAAGCUGCAUGCUGCUGUCACAGAGAUGGAGCAGGAGAAGUUUCAACUGCAGAAGAAACACACUGAGAGCAUCCAGGAGCUGCUGGAGGACACCAACCUCCGGCUGGCUAAGAUGGAGGCCGAGUGUAACGCUCGGUCACACGCAACCGAGCAAACGGUGCGUGAGCUGGAGCUGCGGGUGAAACAGCAGUCCGUGGCGGUGGAGAAGGGCAACGCGCUGCGUCAAAGGACGACGCAGGAGAAGGCCCAGUUGGAGAUUCACAUUGUAUCCAUCAGCGUCGAGCUGCAGGAGGCCAACAGACGACAUCUGAUCCUGCAGAAGGAGAAGGAGCAGCAGAGUGAGCAGCACGAGCAGACCGUGCAGAAGCUCCAAGCCAAACACGAGACUGACAUGAGCCACUUGCAUAAGGAACAUGCUCUGUCUGCUGCCAAGUCCUCUGAGGUGAUGGAGGACUUCGAGAAAAGUAUAGCGCUACUCAAACAGCAGCUCCAAGACAGUCAACACCGAAGACGCCAACAAGUCAGGGAUCAAGAGAUGAAGUUUCACCAGGAAAAGGACGAAGUGCGGAUCAACUGUGAGAAAAAGGUUUUGGCAAUCCAGAAUGAAGCAGAGAAGGAGAGAACAGAAGCAAAGAGGAAGAUCGCCAAACUAGAAGAUGCACUCAGGCCCCUUUGAUCUGUCUGUGGAUUCGUUAUCAUUCCGUUUGGAUGAGCUCACAGAAGCAGAUGCACGGGACUCUCGCACGCACUUGCGCACACACACACACACACACACACACACACCACGUGUACACACACACUCUCGCUCUCCGUCUUUUUAUACUAGAGACCAGAGGCAUCCAUCCGCAUGCGAGCGUGCAUUCUAGUCUGUUUGUCAGUCUUUUCCAUGCGCCGCUCCGCCCACAUCACAGCCUGUACAAUUCUUAAAUACUCCACUUGCUUGAAAAGAAUAUUUGCAUAGGCAAUUAGAAUCGCCUCCAUGUGCAUUGACUUUAAUGUGUACUCUUUGUAUGAACUCUACGUGUAUGUUUAUAUACAGUAGGUUCCUUGUCUCUCUACAGGCGGCACGUGGCAUUGUGUGGUUAGGGCAGUCCGGAAAAAAUGGCUGCACCCCUCCUGUCUGCCAGGCGGCUGGAUGGCGGAAGCUCUUUCACCCUUUCUAGCACAAACACUCCUCUCUCUCGCUCUCGCUCUCUCUCUCUCUCUCUCUCCUCGCCUCCUUCUCGUCCUCCCCUUUAAACAGCCGUUUAGGAUUGAGGGAUGAGAGGACUUCCUCUUUAGAGAAGGCACAUCUUUAAUUUGAGCCUCCUCUCCUUCCACUUUUCUGACCAGAGAUCCAUUUAAAGCCGACGGGCCGCCCUGGCGCUGGCACCCCUCUCCUUCCUUUACCCUCUCCGUUUCUCCCUGCCUGACUCCUCUCAUCUCACCGUCAGUGCUCUGUUAUUGAUGGUGACACACUGUCUACCUCUCCAGUGACCACACCCACACAGGGGGAACACACACACACACACACACACAGUUAUUCUCGGAGGGAUCACUGAAGGUGCCAUGUGUUCACCUGCUCUCUUCAGCUUUAGAGAAUAAUAUGUUUCAAUGUGUCACACACUGGAAGUUCUUUUUUUCGGUGUAUCCUCAGAGGUGUAGGCGCCGCUCCAACUUAGUCAUAGUGCAUUCCUUGAGUAGAGUUGUCAGUCACACACAGAGUUUGUGACUGUGGCUCACGAACAAAGGCACACACAGGCAUGCAUGCGCACACACGAGCUCCGUCGUCGCUGAAGCGAGACACACACACACACAAUUCAUUUUUGCUCUGCUCUUGGAAGUUUUAAAAAACUUGCUAUUUCUGUGGCAUCCUCUUUUCCAUCUUCCUCUCUUUCUGUCUUUUUCCAUCUUAGCCUCCUCAAAUCCUUUUGUGUCUGUCUGAGCCCGGAAGGCAGCCAUGCAACAAGACUGAUUAAUAAUUACAGAGUACACAAAAUUGGGAGAGAGAGAGAGGAAAAAACAAAACUAUUUCUUUGUCGUUUGAUGUCCGACAUGAGAGAGACCAAAAUUACAAAGAGACAGAACACUAUAAAGAGGAGAGAAAGCUUGCACAUUCCUUUUUCAAUCCUCUGCUUCUGUUCUUUUUCCUCAUUUUGCUGUAUGUCUCCUCUGACUUUCUCUGUUUCCUUUUUUUUGUUGUUUUUUGUAUGUUAUAUCUUCAUAAAGUUGUUGCUUUGAUUAUAGGGAGUGAUUAAUCACUGAAUGCAGACUUUGUGAAUGUGUGUAUGUUCCGGCAGAGACUGUCGUGAUGUCUGUAGACGUAGGUUGUUUUUGUAAGCUGCACGUGUGUUCUCAGUGCUACCUGCUCAGCUUUCAUCACCGUGUUAAUGAACACACACUUGUCAGUCCUGCAUUGUGAAAAGAUAAAUGUGUGGAGAGAGAGUGUCCUCCACCACCACCCGCCGUGUGACUGUUGUCAUUUUGCCGUAGCUGCUCUUCUAAUUGGUUUAAAGUCUCACCCACCGGCCAAAAAAUUCAUUCCGCUUGUCUGUCUAUGGGGAAUAAUUAAACAUACAAUGAGUGUUAAUUUACAAGGGAGCAAGAGACAAGCGCACCAAGCCACACACACACACACCACAUCCUGCCAUAUUCUCUCCCCAACAUUGUCAUGUUUGGGCACUAAUCACAAGAACGCUCUCAGAAGAUUUCACUAACUGUUGCAGUGAACUAAAAUAAAGCUGCACAGCAGUUAUGCGUCUGCAGCCAAGAAAAAUGUCUUCACUGUGCGCUGAAGAGUCAAUGAGGUUCACCCGUUGCAUUAUUACCAUACACCCCACAUCAAUAGCAGGGACGGUGGGCUGAAAGUUCAUCUUAUUCUCUGGGAUUCUGCAGCUGAGAGCAGAAUAAAAUGACCCGUUGUUGUUUGGACUUGAUCUAAAAACAUGAAGUUAUCCUCAAUGUUGCUCCCAGCGCGGCAUUUCUUAUAUUCUUUAAUCAUUUAUCACGAGACGUUCAUUGAAUCUGAUUUGAUUACGGUUGAUUGGUGUUUGGCGACAUGUUCUCUUACAGAGCGGUCCUGUAAUGGAUUUAGGAGUCUGCCAGCUUCUUCUUUCUCACACUCCAUAUCCAAUAUUAAUCAUCAUGUGACGAUAAAACGUGUCAGAUGUGAGCGCGUGUUGACAUGAUUCAAAACUAAAUCAUGUGUGUCAUUACUUAGGACAACAGAGUUUCCUCAUCAACUGUGAAGAGCAGGCCAGACAUUGAUUUGUAGCUUUUAGUCAGAUAAAAGUGAUAAAAUGAGGCACUUGGACCUCAAAUGUUUUUGUACGUCUGCUGUUUAUGACGUAAAUCUCUUUCGGUGAACGUAGGUUUAGGACAUACGUCUGUGAUCUCUGUCUGACAUUUCAACAUGUGAAAUCACAUUCCUUUAAAUUUACAAAAACAACACCCUCAUACACUCGCUUCACUUCUAGCUUUGUCAUUCUUUCUACCCUUUUUUUCCACCACCACCGACACACACUCCUGUCCCCACACCCUUCGUGUGUUCAGGCUUGACAGCUGCUUGGUACUACUGUAUAUGAUGUCGUGGCUGGGCCUCCUGGCUGGGCACUGACAGCUCUCAGUAUGAGGCUUGUCAAUCCAUUCAGCCCGCAACGCUACGAGCUGACAUUUGCCGGCAAAAGCAGCAGCAGCAGCAGCAGCAGCGUACCCGCAGGGAGGACACGAGGUGUUUGACUCUCCACUCUGUUCUUUCCAAUGAAGUAAUGACGAAAAUAACUAGAGACCAUCUUAUGAUGGGAUCCCACCAGCCACAACGUCAAAACGAGCAUAUUUUCAUCUCAAUUUUGAUGUUAACCACACACUUGUACGUUUUUGCGGUAAACAUCUGGCAGAGUACUCAAAUCUCUUCAGUUGUAGUUACUGCUAGAGUAGGUGUCACCAGGACCACACACACACACACACACACACACACACAGAGACCUACAAGGUGAAGCGAUACCAGCUACACGCUGUAAUAAUAAACGGUCACAUGAAAUCAGAUUUAACUAUUCGAUCAGACGUUUCUACAUCCAUCUCUCUAUUUUCUCUCUUUCUUUACUUCCCUCUCGAAAGCAUUUUGAAACUACUGUUUUGAAAAGUUCUUGACAAAGCAU